CUUGUCCUCAAUUUCGAUCAUCCCGCCCAGCGACGCAAAAAGCACUCCCUAGCAACCACGGAACAUACAUAUCGCGCGGAGCGCUUCCAAAACCUCUUCUCUGGACCGCCGUAUUUCCAGCAAGUUCUAUCUUUUAACGACCACGACGCACUCGCAUCUAUCGUUCCCUGCCCGGCGACGUUUAUUCUUGUGUUUACACCAUGAGCGAAUCUAGGCAGGAAUUGCUCGCUUGGGCAAACAACCUGCUCCAGCUGAACAUUACCAAGGUCGAACAGUUCGGCACCGGUGCUGCAUUCUGCCAAAUUUUCGACAGCAUAUUCCUCGAUGUACCUAUGUCAAGAGUGAAGUUCAACGUCAACACCGAAUAUGCGUACAUACAGAACUUCAAGAUCCUGCAGAAUACAUUCACGAAGCACCACAUCGACCGUACCGUGCCCGUCGAAGCGCUCGUCAAGUGCAAGAUGCAGGACAACCUCGACUUCCUUCAGUUCACCAAGCGCUAUUGGGACAAGUACUACCCAGGUGGUGAGUACGACGCGCUUGCGCGAAGGAAAGGCCAGGGCGGGCCCCCAGCUCCGAUUGGCAGUGGAGGAGCCAGAAGGCCGGCUGCUGGUACGGCACCGCGUACGAGGACACCAAAUACGGGUGGAGGCGCAGCUUCGGCCGCACUCACAGCAGAGAACAACGCACUCAAGGAAACAGUCGCGGGCCUAGAGAGGGAACGGGACUUCUAUUUCAGUAAGCUAAGAGAUAUUGAGCUUUUGAUUCAACAGGCUAUGGAGGCAGAUCCUGAGCUGGAGAAAGACGAGGAUGGCAUUCUCAAGCAGAUUCAGACUAUCUUGUACUCAACAGAGGAAGGCUUUGAGAUCCCCGCCGAGGUUGAGGGUGAGCUUGCGGAGGAGGAGACCUUCUGAACGAAGCGCACAAAUCAAUCACCGCAUAGAUGGGCACGACGAAACGAGUAAUCUAAGGCUAUGUACAGGCCUAGCUUAGGCAUGAAUGAAGUGACGAUGGGGCAUUGUGAGCGGUUUAAACGAGUCAGGAGGUGGCAUAGCGUUCUGCGCCUUUCCAUUGCAGAAGGCGAUGGUCUGAUCGAAGGCUGUCAUGGCAGCUUUUGUGCUUUUGUUGAUACACAUCCCUGAUGGGUGCCGAAGUUCGAAUUCCGAGCUGGCACCGCACCCUGAGGCAUUAGAUUGAAGAAACAAAUCAAAAUUGAGUUUUUCCCAA